AUGCCAACAUCCUUCAAAAAUGUCGUCAUCGCAGUAAGCGGGACAUUUCCCAACUUGCGACAAGCCGACGUGAGGGCCCUUGUUGAAAACAACAGCGCCAGAUUCAGCACGUCAGUCACAGAAGAAUGCACUCAUCUUGUGACUACACAAGCCGACGUUGAUAAGCAAUCGACAAAAUGUGAGUUCGCUAGAAUCACUGUGAGGUUUCAUGGUCGACUAACAUAUCGAUCAGACAAAAAGGCCAACGGCCUUCCCAAUUGUCAGAUUGUCUCACUCUCUUGGCUUCUCGAAUCAGUGCAGGCCAAAAAGCCUCUGCCAGAGUCAAAAUAUACUUUUGACGACGAGGAGCAAACGCCACAGACAAGCACAACGAAGCAAGAAAAUGGCGAUGGCGAUGGCGAUGCCACCGAUACGGUUGCCGAGACAAAGUCAAAAGCCAGAAAGCGAAGCGCAAGCGGGGAAGAGACAGGAGCGUCAAAGAAGAAAGCCAAAGAUAUUCAAAAGGCUACAGCAAAGUCCCUGAAUAUCCCCAUCGAUGAGGGGUUUAACAAGCGGGGCGGCCCAUUCAUGCAGCCAACGGUUUACGUUGAUGACGCAGGUUUAAUUUGGGACGCAACUUUGAGUCAAACAGUGGCAUCAGACAAUGCCAACAAAUUUUAUCGCAUCCAGCUGUUGGCCGGCACCAAGGGAAACUUCAUGACUUGGACACGAUGGGGCCGAGUUGGCGAGAAUGGCCAGUCUGCUGCCCAGAACUUCACAGAUCUGCAAGGUGCUAUCGCGCUGUUUGAGAAGAAGUUCAAAGACAAGUCGGGCUUGGCCUGGGAAAACCGGCUUGGUACCCCCAAGAACAAGAAGUACACCUUCCUUGAGCGCAACUAUGAAGAAGAUGAAGAGGAGGAAGAAAAAGCACCCAAGGUUAAGAAAGAAGACAACAGUUCCGCGGUCGAAAGUCUUUUAUCGAAACCUUUGCAAGACCUGAUGUCUUUCAUUUUCAACCUCGAUCACGUUCUGCAGGCACUUGCAUCCAUGUCCUACGACGUGCAUAAGCUUCCGCUGGGCAAGCUUAGUGACCGAACUUUGAAGAGUGGAUUCUCCGUUCUAAAGGAACUGUCUGAGGCUAUCUCUGAUCCAGCCUCGGUGCCAGCCAAAUAUGGCACAGCUUAUGGUCCAACAAUUGAGCACCUGACCAACCGGUACUUUACACUCAUCCCUCACGUCUUCGGACGUAACAGACCUCCUAUCCUGGGCACCGAUGCCCAAAUCAAAAAGGAGGUCGAAUUGCUUGAAGCCCUGACCGACAUGGACGUCGCCAACGAGAUCAUGACCGAGUCAAAGGAGAGCGACCAAAUCCACGAACUGGAUCGACAGUUCCAAGGUCUAGGAAUGGAAGAAAUGGUGGAAUUGGACCAUUCGUCACAAGAAUUCGAGGAACUCGAAAGCUAUCUCCAAAACUCCCGUGGCAGCACACAUCGCAUGGACUACAAAGUGAUCAACAUCUUCCGCAUUGAGCGCCAAGGCGAAAACGACCGCUUCAAUUCUUCCAAAUACGCCAAUAUCCAAAACAGCGAUCGCCGUCUCCUCUGGCACGGCUCCCGCAGUACCAACUUCGGUGGUAUCCUCAGCCAAGGUCUUCGCAUCGCACCCCCAGAAGCUCCAGUCAACGGGUACAUGUUCGGCAAAGGCGUCUACCUAGCCGAUACUUCCAGCAAGUCUGCAAACUACUGCUGUCCCUACAACAGCGGUGGCAUGGGUCUGCUGCUUCUUUGCGAUGCUGAAGUAGGUGCGCCCAUGCUUGAGCUUGAGAACAGUAACUACAACGCUGGGGAGGAUGCUCUCAAGGCUGGCAAAAUUGCUACCCUUGGAAAAGGCCACAUCGUGCCUGGUGGAUGGAAAGAUGCCGGUUGUGUUAAUCCUGCUCUGGCGGGCGUGAAAAUGCCGGAUGUUACUGCUAAGAAGUCCAAUACUAACCGGCAUGUUGGGCUCUGCUACAAUGAGUACAUCGUCUACGAUGUCGCGCAGAUUCGCCAGCGAUAUCUAUUCCAGGUUCGCAUGAACUAA